AUGAUGCAGAGCGCAGCUGUCCCCGCGGAGGGGGCUGUCAAGGGGCUCCCGGAGAUGCUUGGUGUGCCGAUGCAACAGAUCCCCCAGUGUGCUGGCUGCAACCAGCAUAUCCUGGACAAGUUCAUCCUGAAGGUCCUGGACAGACACUGGCACAGCUCCUGCCUCAAGUGUGCAGACUGCCAGAUGCAGCUGGCUGACAGGUGCUUCUCCAGGGCCGGGAUCGUCUACUGCAAGGAAGACUUCUUCAAGCGCUUCGGCACAAAAUGCACGGCCUGCCAGCAGGGCAUCCCCCCGACCCAGGUGGUCAGGAAGGCGCAGGACUUCGUCUACCACCUGCACUGCUUCGCCUGCAUCAUCUGUAACCGGCAGCUGGCCACGGGGGACGAGUUCUACCUCAUGGAGGACGGGCGGCUGGUGUGCAAGGAGGACUAUGAGACGGCCAAGCAGAACGAUGACUCAGAGGCCGGAGCUAAGCGACCCCGGACCACCAUCACAGCGAAGCAGCUGGAGACACUGAAGAACGCCUACAAGAACUCCCCUAAGCCUGCCCGGCACGUGAGGGAGCAGCUGUCCUCGGAGACAGGCCUGGACAUGAGGGUCGUACAGGUUUGGUUUCAGAACAGAAGGGCCAAGGAGAAGCGGCUGAAGAAGGACGCGGGGCGGCACCGCUGGGGGCAGUUCUAUAAGAGCGUCAAGAGGAGCCGAGGAGGCAGCAAGCAGGAGAAGGAGAGCUCGGCAGAGGACUGUGGGGUUAGUGACAGUGAGCUGAGCUUCCGAGAGGAUCAAAUUCUCUCAGAACUUGGCCACACCAAUAGGAUUUAUGGCAACGUGGGGGACGUUACAGGCGGACAGUUAAUGAAUGGGAGCUUCUCCAUGGACGGGACAGGACAAUCCUAUCAGGACUUGAGGGAUGGGAGCCCCUAUGGAAUCCCCCAGUCUCCAUCCUCCAUCUCGUCCCUGCCACCCCACGCUCCUUUGCUCAAUGGGCUGGAUUACACGGUGGACAGUAAUUUGGGCAUCAUUGCGCACGCAGGGCAGGGAGUCAGCCAGACGCUGAGAGCCAUGGCUGGGGGACCCACCUCUGACAUCUCCACAGGAAGCAGUGUAGGCUAUCCCGACUUUCCAACUAGCCCAGCCUCUUGGCUCGAUGAAAUGGAUCAUCCUCCUUUUUAA